AUUGUGAUUCCUCCUCAAAAGUGGGAAUCGUGUUAGCAACAGUAAACAAAACAAUACUAACUGUCUUUUGAUGGUUUCGGUCAAGAAUUUGUAAACAUUAUAUAGGAAGUCUCUUUUCGUUUACUAUCGCUGCAUUGAAGUUACCUACUAUCAUUUUCACACUUAACUUACGACUUGUUCACGCGUUUUGGACGGUACUGAAUAAACUUUUGAACACAUUUCAAAAAUCACUUCCGACUUAAUUUAAUUUCAAUCUUCUGCGCUAAUUUGACCAAGAAAGAUUAACAACCACAAUCCACAAUGCAUUAGCUAUCUAAAGAGGCAAUUAGAGAAUAGUACCAAUAUUGGCGCAAUUAUUGCAAAUAAUCGAUUAAAAGAUUAUUUUUCUAACUUAAUCUAACCUGGCGCCAUCAAUUAGUUGAGUGCUUAAUAAACGUGGACGCAACAAUCAAGUCCAAAAAACAAGGUGUCGCGAAGUAUUCAAUUUAGUAGACAGUGAUUCGCCAAUUUUAUCAUUUAAAAAAUCUAAUCGAAAAAACAGCUUGGUCUAUAUUUGUUUCUGUAAUUUAAUUUAGCGCAGUACAGUCUUAUUAGUUGUUUGGACAUCAAAAUCAAUUGACCAAUAGAAUCUCAAAUAGCACAUCUCAGAUUUUCUCUCAGUUCUUUCAUAUUUGUUUGACAAAAAUUAAUAAAAUCGUUCUAGCCAAAUAGCCAUUCAUAAACAUUCUUGAUUUUUUCAUCGACAAAUCGUGUUUUCCUUGCAUCGCAAUUUCAAAACAAUUUUUGCUUAAAUUUACAUAAAUAAAACGUACUCAUUCAAAAUCGAAUAAUACAAACUACAGUUGUAUUUGAACUUUGUUAAAAUUUUCAUCUGAUAAUUUACUUUUAAUUGAAUUUCUCGAAAACAGAAGUUAUACAUUUUUAUCAAGAUGAAGCGAUCUUUCAUGAUGGUUGACAUUCUCUCCUCUGACUCUAAAAAAGAGUCGAAAAACGAGCCGGAAAGCAGUGCGAACAAGGUAUCUAUGCUGGACCAGAAUCUCCUAGAACAGACUGUUCUUUCGGUGACCGAUUCGCUGACGAUUCAAAUCGGAGACGAAGCUACAAAGAGGCAACCUGAAAAUGACGACGAAGAAGACAGAACAAGCGACAGUCCUGACUCUGGAGUUGAAUGUCCUUCCUUCUUCGAACCAAAUGUGGCCGAGGGAAAUGACACUGAAACUAAAGUCUCCGAACGGCCUUCUCAACCGAACAACCCACCAAUCAGGCGACCUUCGAGUGCCCACAGCAAAGGAGACGACAAUGAGAAGUUUGAAAACUUAGACGCGUACGACGAAUUGGACGCAAUGAGUUCAGGAUCUCGCGACGACACCGACAGCGUCUACUCGGGUGGUUUUUCGACUGGCUCCGGAUGCAAGAAGCAACGAACUGCUUUCACUCCAGACCAGAUUCACGAAUUGGAGAGACGAUUUGCCCAGCAAAAGUAUCUGUCAGCAUCGGAGCGAGCGGACUUCGCAAACAAAUUGAAGCUCUCGGAUACUCAGAUCAAAACGUGGUUCCAAAACCGACGAAUGAAGCGAAAGAGACAACAACAAGACAUCGAAAGUGCACAACUGCAAGCACUCUACUCAUCGGCACUCAUGAUACCGCCGGCUCCCUCCCACCUAAUGGUUGCCCAGAAUCCAGGAAAUCACCCUGGACUCAACAUGAACCACCUUCAGAACCCUUUCCACUCCCAGGCAUCGCCAGUCAACUUCCCCGGACACCUUCCUGGAGGUCAAAAUGUCGGUGUUCCCCACCUGACUCUGGGACUCAGCGAACACCUGCCGACGUCACAAGGCCUAAUGGUUCCCCCAGUAUCCCGCGAGUUCCUGCAACAAGGUGGUCCAAAAUCACUGUUCCUCCCAGCCCUGGGUUUGAGCGCGACCUUCGGACUUACAAACUCCUCGAACCAUUCUGGACAAAAUGGCGGGGUUCCCAGCAUGACCUCUAGCAGUCGAGCUCUGGAAUUGACCUCUCAGAUGAACCCUAACAUACCUCACAUGGGGCUGGGCGGUAUGUUUGGACCUCCGAAAAUGAGUCUGUGAAACGUGAUCAUAUAGAACUACAAUCAUACGCAAAUAAUUCCAUACCAAAUAUCUGUGCAAAAUAAAAACAAACUUCACCGCCUGUUGAAAUUGGUUAUCGGUUCAUUUUCCCGAUUAUUGUUUUCAUCCUCAAAACUAUAUUUUAAUUUUCCCUUCUGAUUUCUUUCACAUAAAUUUAGA